AUUCAGUCAGUGUAGGGCCACAAUAAAGAGCUGGUAUCUUGAAGAGAGCUAUAGUGCACAUGCGCAGCAGGACAGUUUCCAUGGCGCUGCGACGACCUGCUGAGUGAGUUUUACUUAUUGAAGCACCUGCCCAGCUGAUAAACUAAUGGGAUAUCAAGCGGUGGAAAUCUCCGUCUGUAUUUGAACAGUAGCAUAUUGUUUAAAUUUUCGCUGUCUCUCACCGGCAAAAAUGAACUGCUUCAGUCAAAGGCUGAGGCGCACAUCUCCCAUGCGUGGUAGCAGUAGAAAUGAGCUGGUCCCCUCCAAGUCUCCCAGGAUGAACGGAUGGUCAUGGCCCCCUCAGGCUUUCCAAGUGAUUGGCUGGCUUUUGUACAGCUACCUCGCCAUAGUCAGCUUCGGCAUCUAUAUCCCUCUUCUGCCUCUGCCAUGGAACCAUGUGGUCUAUGCCCUGACGGGCAUAGCAUUUAUUGUACACCUUUUCACCCAUAUUGCUGCUGUGACUAUAGACCCAGCAGAUGCCAGUGUGAGGGCCAAACAGAGCUAUUCCAGUCCAAUGCCGCUUUUUGACCGGACAAAGCAACCACAUGUCAUCCAGGAUCUGCAAUGUUAUCUUUGUGAUGUCAAAGUUGGCCCCAAAGUAAAACACUGUGGUGUUUGCAACAAGUGUGUGGAAGACUUUGAUCACCAUUGCAAAUGGCUGAACACCUGCGUGGGUGGCAGAAACUACUGGUGCUUCUUUGUGGCACUGUGCUCUGCUACACUAGGUGUCUUGCUGCUCGUUGUUGUUGUCUUGUUCAUCUUUAUUCAGCAUUACCUGGAUCCAAACAGCCUGCGGACCUCUCCACAGUUUGACAGUAUGCUGGGGAAUGGCACCUGGCUGGUGUUUUUACCCUUAGCACCCAUAAAGACUAGUUCAGCUGGUGUCCUUGUAUUAGCCUUUCUAACUGUCAUGCUGAGCGUCACCUGCCUGCUGCUGCUUGGCCAUCUGCUGGGCUUCCACUUUUACCUCUUUUAUAAAGGCAUAAGCACAUAUGAUUAUGUAAAGAUGCAGCGCCAAAAAGAAGCCAGAAACCAAGAAAUCGAAGCAAGAAAUCCACAUGAUGCAAAAAUCAAUAACAAUGCCCCACAGAAUCAAGAGAGCUCAAUUGACUGUGAGCCAGCAUUAUCACAGAGUUCAAGCAGUACCUGCAAAUUUGACGAUAAAGGCCCACUCACCAGCCGACUCUCAGAGUCCAUAUGCACUGAGUUGGAAAACUUCAAGAAAUCAGCAGAAAAGGAGAAUAGCGUCCAUUAUGGCACAGAAAAUCCCACAGAGAACACGGCAAGGGAAAUAUCUAUGAUUGACAUCAAAAGCUGGAAGCCUGACACUGAUCAAGAGGCUCAGAGCGCCAGUGUGAAGUCUGGUGGCCCUGUUCCUGGAGUGCAGGACCCUCUGGGCAGCUCAGUUAUGACCCCAGAUGAUAUUUAGCAGUAACUGAUGUGUGCAUGGCCAUGCAUCAGGAUAUGCUUCUCAGAGGAACUAUUAACUAUUAUUAUGAAAAUAUGCUUCAUGAAACUGAGCGACACAACUGUGGAUCAUUGUUGAUGAGGACCAAGGACAUUUUGGACUUGACAGCAUAGUUUGAUACACAUCAGUUGUUUGUUUUUUUGGUCCAGUGGGCAUUUUGUAUGCAUUUUGUGAAUAACUAUGGAUCCGACAUUGUGUUUUGUUCCUUUUUUAUCUACACUAUGUGUUUUUAUGACGACUGUUGAAUUAUUUAAAACAUUGUUUUAUCUCACUGACUUGUAUGGAGAGCCAAAGUCCAGCCCCACUUCCAGGUUAGCCUCUGUUCCACUAGCCUGAGUCGGUUAGAUAGAUAGAUGGAUAGAUAUAUUUUGGCAUCUUCCUGAAAAGCUGAAACAUGAUGCUGGAGUUUACUGCUCAUAUUCUAAGCCAAAUGAGUAUCGAGGACUGUACUGACAAUAACAUUUGAGCAUCUUAGAACAUUCUCUAACUGAAAGUAGUGGAGCAGAUACUAGCUUAAAAAAGGGGACAGCACUUCAGCUCUCUAUUGCUGUUUUAUUAACUGUUGAUAUCACAAAGCUGGCAUUGUUCAGUGACCUUUUUAGCAAAAUUUGAUGGUAAAAAUAUUUACAUUUUCAUGUUAGCUCAAUUUUUUUUCUUCUUUAGCCUACUUGACCACACAGUGGCACUAUAGAGUCCCACCACCUCCAGCUUCUACAAAUGUCUAGAGUUUCUGUCUAUAUUCUAAUCUGAAUAGGUAUCUACUGGUUGGAUUUGCCAUCAACGUAUGAACACUCAUUUAUCAGAACCAGCUUUGUCUAUAGCUGAGACUUGAGACUUUGUAGAUGAUAAUCCACAUAAGGUCCCGUGUGUUGAUGUAUUUCUUUAUAUUUCAGCCAUACAAGAUAGAAAAAAGCAUCACUCAGUGCAAUUAAUGCAAGAGGCUACAUUUAGGAAAGAGCUGAAAUAGCUCAAAAUAUUUGUCACCUAAAAAUAUAUUUUCAGGCAAAUAAAAUGGAUAUCCUGACAGGCAUAACAGACCCAUUCAACACGAAGGUACAGGAAUGGGAUAAGAAAACUGGAGGUAGAUUGCAUUCUGCCACUGAAAACGGCUUGGAAGAAGACAGAGCAAUACAUGGCCACAUUAGAAGGCAAGAUCACAAGUGUUAUUGGGCAGCGGAAUAGAUUCAAAAGAUCAGGAUUUGAAGAAUACACAAACAGGACUAUGAAGGAUAGACCUGAAGGAAAUAAAGAUGUGUAGUGCACAAGAAUGGUUCUGUGGCCACUGUGUUGCUGCCAUUGUUGCCAAUACAGCCUGACAGCCAGCCAGACCAUGUCAGUCACCCAGCUUGUGAAAGGAGCUUCUCUACUUUUAAAUGAAUCAAGAUUAAGCUCAGCAGUGCUUUCAGUCAACAGCACCUGGAGGCUUUUAGGCUAUUGAGCAGGAUGUUUUGAUGGCCUUGGAUAGUGACCUGAUUAUUGGUGGCAUAGCAGAGAGAACUGAGCUGCUACUUAAACUGCUGAUUCAGUGAUGAGGUUUGAUGUAUGUGUUUAUUUUUUAAUCUAUUCUGUCACAUGUCUACUCAAACUCUUAAUUGACAAAUUAGUUUUUUUAAUUUUUCUUUUUACAGACCCCUAAGAUGGUUGCAGCCAGUGACAUUUACACGAUUCAAGCCAGCUUUCUCUCAAGAACAAUAUGUUCUCCUUCUCACUGAGUAAUCCAAGCAGGCCUCUGUUCCAUAAAGUACUUCAUGUCAUUUGUGAUCCUCCUUGCUGUUAUUGUUAUAAAGACUACUGUCUAAACCUGCUCCAUAUAAAAAAAUGCCCUUUGUGGUGCUAUAUAAAUAAAAUGUAAUUAAUUGUUAUUGAAUUUAAAAAGUAAAAAAUA